AUGGUUGGACAUGCAAGGCCCUUGCUGGACUACUUGGAUGCCAACAAGCACACCACCUUCCUUGGCAUGUGCAUGAUCAAUGACAUGGAAGAGACUGGUGCCCCCAACCCGGUGCAUGCAGAGAUGGUGGAUGCGGAUCUGGAAGAGGAGUUUCCUACUGAUGCUUCCUACCCCAUUGUCAGCUUCAACUUCCAGUGCUGGUUCACAGACAAGAACAUCAGCAGGAAGAACUUGCCCAGAGGCCCAACACAGCCUGUCAAGCACAAGUUCAAUUCUGAUGGUCCUGCCAAUUGUACCAAGGCCAAGACCGAGGCUCCUGACUGGACCAACAUCUUGAACAAUGAUCUUGAUCUUCAAGGUUAUGACAUGCAUCCCUACAUGUCCUUGAUUCCUGGCAAAGUUUGCCAUGAUGUCUACUUCAAGUACUUCAUGCCCAAGCUCUUUAAACUUGUGCAAGAUCAUUAUUCACUUGCUUUCAAGACCAUGGCAUACAUUAAGGCCAACUUGAUGGAUCAAGCAAUGGCAUCCAUGGCAGCCAAGCGCACAAAGGAGAAGUCAGAUGCAGCCUACAAGAAGGCUUGCAAGCUUGCUCAAUGUGAAGGUCAUUCCCUCCCUCCCAAGCCAGAGAAGAUUGAGAUUCCCUGCAUCAAGCAGUGUCUGCUUGCAGUUGAGGAAGCCAUCAAGAUCCCCGCCAACCAUCCCCUCCUUGCCUAUGCCAAGGCCUUCACCAAGUGGGAGCAAGCCGAGGAAGGCAAUGGUGCAAGUGCAAGUUCAAGCCCAUCCAGCUUCCUCUCACUCUUGGGCCACCCUCCAGCCCAAGCGUCCCAGGCUGGCACCUCCACACCCAUGGUUUGUGGCAAGGAUCAUGCUCCCUCAAACUUGGCCUUGACCUCGACACCCACUCCCAAGAGCACAUCCACACCCUUCUCCCAUGAAUGUGCUGACAGUGGAAGCUCCUUGAUCUUGCCCAUGAUGCCUACUGCUCCUGCAUCCUCCCACACAGCAACCAUGACCUUGGGCACACCAGCCUCAACCAUUGGCUCACCUGCUCACAUUUUCAAUGCCACUGGCUCUGCUUGCAUGGUGCAUGCAGUUGGGCAUGGCAAGAUCCUCACUGCCAACCCAACCAAGUCCUUCUCCCAGCUGAUCUUCAUGCACCCCAAUGACGAAGAGGGCUACCAUUGCAUGCAUGAGCUCCCAUACAACACUUGUGCAGCUUGUGCCAACUACUUCCAUGAUGUUGGUCAAGAGCAUGCAUCUGCCAUUGAGUACAACUUGAUUGCCUCAUGGACAUCUGCAACAGCAGGUUCUAGGCAAGCACAAGGACAACACAUCAGCAGGGCUGCCAAACUGCUUGAUGUUGUGGAGCAGGCAUGGAUCCAAAUGCUUGACAAGAUCUCCAUCAACAUGGGGUUCUCCAAGGACAUCAUCAAUGCAAACAUGAAGGGGAGGAAGGCCGGGUACUUCAACAACAAGCACCAUGUAAGCUUGCAUAAUGCUGCUAAGCAUCUGCUUGCCAAAGAGGCUUGGGCAAGAGGCACAUCCAUUGCUUCCCUUGUAGAUGCUGGCUCAUUUUCUUCAGGUCAAGUGUUCUACUGGGCCUUGCCUGAGAAUCAGCCCAUCAUCAACUCCAAGGUUGACUGGCUUUGUGAGCAUCCUGAAGCUGCACUAUCCGUUGAGCAAUCUCUCUUGGCCAAGCAAGAGAACAAGCAUCUUCAAGUCCAAUUCCCUGGUCAAGCUUGUCAAGCUGAUACAGUCCUUGUUCAAGACACAUUCCAGAAGGAGGCAAGUUCUUGA